AGCAUCAGUCGAAACUCAACGCCAGUGCAGUACAAGCGUCGAGACCCACUGUGAACAUCGUAGUAGUGUGUUACUAAGCUCUUUCUAAAUUCGGCAGGCAAGUCGAGCGUCGUGUACCAUUAUUAAAAAAGAUAAGUGAAGCAUCGUUUAAUUUGAAGACGGAAUAAUGGAUUUUCCAUUGAAAACCAAAGAAGAAUUAUUAACAUUUGAUAAGCAGUUAGAGAAUGAUGAUUUUAAGAGAGAUAUGAUUGAUUUACUUGCCAACACAGGAGGCAGAGAUAUUUCUGCUCUAACCAUCAAUAUUUUAUCCAGAGUCAUGGUUGACGAGGUAGCUACAAACUUUAGUUUUAAAGGGAAAUACAGAAAAGCCCCAUUUUCGUCUCUUAGACUGACUGAGUGUAUCAUGGCUGCUGUAAUGAGAACGUUUCCUGAAGCAACAGAAAUCUUCAUUGAAUCAAAAAUUGGUGCAUGGUUAGUUAAUGCACAAUUUCGUCAGGCAAACAGAGAACAAAAACUAAAAAAAUGA